AUGCGUUCACUAACGUAUAGAAUUGCGCUCUGCAUCUUUGUAGCCAGCGCUACAAGCUUUGCGACGGCGCAAAGAACAGGCGCACCGUCCGACUCACCCCAGGACUCUGACAUCUAUCAAUCCUCCUACCUCGGCGGUGAGCACAACAUCGAUCCCUCCGACGUCCCAGAUUUCACGCAACUCUGGAAUGCAACCUUCAACCCGGACGAGAAACACUGGGCGCGCCCCCUCGUUCACACACUCUCCUCCACCGGCCGCCAAAUCGUCCUCACCGCAUCCACCGAGAACCGCAUUAGAACCUUCGAUGCAGAAACUGGGCAGCUUCUAAACGAACGUCAAGUCGCUCUACCAUGGCCAAUGGACCAAGCCUACUGCACAACGCACGUCAGCAAAACACUGGGCAUCAUGGGCACACCCGUCAUCUACCGCGAAGACGGCAACGAAAUCGCAUUUUUCUACGUCAAGAGCUACAUCGAAGACUACAGACAACCAGGCGGCGCGUAUCCGCCUCUAAACUCGGUCUACUAUCUCUACGGCGUGUAUCUGGACACACUACAGGAUCUCUACAAAUACCCCAUGAUCAUCGAUGGCCAACCUUCCGAUAACGACAUGCGCAAAACCUUUCUCGGCGGUUUGGUGUUACAGCGACCGGCGCUGCUGCUGCUGGGCGAUGUGCUGUAUGCGGGAUUCGGCGGACUGUGCGAUGCGUUUAAUUAUACAGGAAGCGUUGUCGCUGUUAAUCUCGCGACGCAGAAUAUGUAUACUUGGACGACGCAAGCAGGAAACGCGAGUUUGUACAACGACGACUGGACGGCGUGGCAUGGUGGUGGUGCUGGUGGUAUCUGGCAGGCUGGCGCGGGUCUCUCGUCGGAUGGUAAGGACGUCUUCUUCACGAUUGAUAAUGGAGGUGGGUCAACUGCUACGACGCUCGAUGUUACGCCGAGGAAGGGUCACGAGCCUUUGGGUGUUCUCUCGGAGACUGUGGCGCGUAUUACGCUUGAUGAGGCGGGUGGUGCGGGGAUUCAACUUGUUGAUUUCUUCCGCCCGUCGGAUUGGCAGACGGAUUCUGGACAGGACAUUGGGAGUGGGGGGUUUGCUGUCCUUGAUGGCGAUGUGUUCAAGACUAAGGAUGGGAAGAGGAUCGGUAUAGCGACCUCUACGAACCCGAAGAUGUACGUGACGGAAGUUGACAGCUUGGGCGGAUAUCUGCAAGGCACAAACGGCACAGACGGAAUCCUGCAGACCAUUCCUUUAGAAGGCGAGGUCUUUGGUGCGAUUGGAUCUUAUCCGCUAGAAGGUGGUUAUGUCUACGUCAACCCUGGCAACACCGCCUUGUCUGCCUACGCAUUCACUCCGAACGCAUCGUCCUCGCUCUUCAGCUUCGCUGGCAAGUCCUCUGAAACAAACGGACAUUGGGGCGGUGCUGGCCUUCCGACUGUCACCAGCAACAAAGGUCAGCCUGGUACAAGUAUCGUGUGGGCCACGGAUGUGCAGGCCGGUCUGAGAGCGUUCAAGGCGGUGCCGGUUAAUGGGACGUUGGUUGAACUGCCGCUGCCGAAAGUGGAGGGUGCGGUGAAAUUUGGGCGACCGGUGUUUGGCGAUGGGAAGGUAUUUGUGGUUGACGGUCAGGGACGCUUGAUUGCGUUGGGGAGGAAAUAGUAGGCGUAGACGUAGAUGCAGUAGUAGUGGGAGCAGUACAUGGAGUGAAAGAGAAAGGAAGAGGAACUGGCUGCAUCCACAAAGGGAGCGUGUCCAUAUUCGA